AUGUCAUCUAUCAUGAAGUUUUCCUCUGAUGUCAGUAUAGGGAGAUGCCGGGUGGCUGCGGGCCCCAGUGCGCCCCGGGGAAGAGGGCUCAGGAUAUACGAGCCAUCGCGCUUGCAAGGCCUAUCUCAUAGUAUGAUAUUACAACCAGUUUGCCUUCAUUCUUAACUAACGUCCGCAGAUAACUCUACACGUGAAGACAUCGUCAUGUUUUUCCAACAGUUCCCAGGAGGAAUUGUCCGGCGUGGGGACUUCCACAAGUACUAUCCAAAACACGAUGGUCUCUCCAACAGCAAGCGGAUGCGGAAAUUUGAAGCCUUGUGGAAGUCCUGCACAAUAUGGCUUCCUCAAUAUGGGGCUUACAUCUUGAAUCCUUCAUGCCUUCCUGGAAAGGGCGCUAGUAUGUUUAUCCCCCCCCCCCUCAUCUUAACGGGCAUUCCUUAUGACGUGACUAACCUGGGUGCACAGCAUUGUCUAGUGUAUGCACAAACGCAGACGAUAUCCUCAGGUAAGUUCGUGAAACCCAUGGGGAAGGUUACUCUUGAAUGGAUAUACCGUUAGUUGCAAUGAAAUAAUUAGAGCCCGAUGUUGAAAUUCUCUGAAAUAGAGCUUGCUCGGACGAAUGCUGGAUAACGGUACUCGGUACUCG